AUGUCUGCAUCAAGUUCCGAUUCUGACUCGGAGUCGGACGACGAAGCUCAAGCUGCUCUCGAAUUACAAACCCUAGAAACGAAGCUCUCGACAAGGAGCAGCGAAGCAACAGUGCAGUUCGCCGGACGAAACUCAGUCGUCGGCGGCCUCCAAGGGAGGAUUAUUCAAGAUGAGAUAAUGAAACUAGAGUCUCAAAAAUCAAAAUCUAGGGUUUACGAUUUUGAUCAGGACACAAUGUUCAUGUCAACAGAAAAAUCAAAGAAGAAAAGGAUUCAACAAUCUCCAGAUACAAGUGAUUCAAGGGCCUUUCCGAUUGAAAUUAUUGAAUUAAAAGUGUCAUACGUGGGAGAGAAUAUAGCAUUGGUGAGUUUGAAAUGCAGGAAAAGAGACACGAUGGUCAAGAUUUGUGAGGUUUUUGAAUCUUUGAAGCUCAAUGUUGUCACUGCCAACAUCACUGCUUUUCCUGAGACCCUUUUCAAGAUACUCUUCAUUCAGAGUGUUUAUGUAGAUGAUUCAAUGGAUGAUAUUGGUGAGAUUCCACUUCUAUUGGAAUGGAAUCACGAAUUCCAAUUCUAUUGGAAUGGAAAGACGAAUUCCAAUUCUGUUGGAAUCACAUGUGUUGAUGCUUGA